AUGCGCUCAGUCCAGAGUGGGGACUACCUGUGGAGAGAACACGAGGAGCAAGAGGGGAGGUAGAACAAGAAAGGAUGAUGAUGAUGAUGACCGUGGACGGCAAGCAGCACUUGAGCCUGCACGACGGCAUGCGAAGAGUUUGCGCGCAGGAGCCUCAGCUCCAGGCCAAUAUAUUGGGGGGCGGCGUGGAGGAGAGCCUGCUGGCUCGGGCGGAGGCUCUGCAGGCGGCGGCUGACGGCAUCCUCGUCUCCCAGGCAAGGAGAGACGCCAGCUUCCAUACCAUGAGCGUCGCGCCCUCCUGCGCCGCAUCUUCCUCCUCUUCUUCCACCAUCUCGUCCAUCAUUGCCUCACACCAUCACCAGAACUUCCAGAGCCACCAGUUGGGACCGAGCCUGGAAGCCGGGGACCUUCUGGAGCACCUCUCCAGUAGCCUAGGCGUGAGCGGGAUGGGCGCGCCUGAGCCGGGCUUGGGUCACCCCCACCAUCACCACCAUCACCACUUACAAAGCAUGGGGCAGCUGCAUCAAGCCAUGGCCGUCAUGGGCCACCCUCACAACGAGGUGGAGUCGGACCCGCGCGAGCUGGAAGCCUUCGCCGAGCGUUUCAAGCAAAGGCGCAUCAAACUGGGCGUGACCCAGGCCGACGUGGGCUCGGCUCUGGCCGACCUCAAGAUCCCCGGCGUGGGUUCCCUUAGCCAGAGCACCAUCUGCAGGUUCGAGUCGCUCACCUUGUCGCACAACAACAUGAUCGCCCUCAAGCCGGUGCUGCACGCUUGGCUGGAGGAAGCAGAGGCGGCGCACCGGGACAGGAGCGCCGCGCCAGAGCCGUUAGGAGGAGGGCUCUGUGGGGGGGCGGAGGACGCUAGGCGCCGCCGCCGCACUUCCAUCGCCGCCCCUGAGAAGCGCUCCCUGGAGGCCUACUUCGCCAUCCAGCCCAGGCCGUCCUCGGAGAAGAUCGCGGCCAUCGCCGAGAAGCUGGACCUGAAAAAGAACGUAGUGCGAGUUUGGUUCUGCAACCAGAGGCAGAAGCAGAAGCGCAUGAAGUACUCGGCCGUGCACUGACUCUGAACGCAUCCUCAAUCUUAAAAUGCAUCGACUCAUGAAAAGGACAAUCCCGAGGGAUUUAAAAAAGACGGCAGCAGCUCUCCACUUCUGAAUUUUUGGAUUUAUCUCUUUUUUUUCUUCAAUUUAUUGCAUUAUUUUUGUGGGGGGUUCUCAAACUUUUGGGCUCCAGGGAAAAAUUUUCAAGGAACAUCACAAAAAUUGAAUGCAUGACUAGCACGUGUACUCCUAAAUGACCUUACACAUAUUUUAUUUUGAAACCAAUUUCGCAUUCUUUCCGUUAAUUCAAGGGUGUCCAACAAAUGUUUGUUGAGUCAUUAACACUGCAUCGUCAAAGAGAGCUAGCCAUUUGUCCGUAAUGUCUAAAAAAAAAUAAUAAUAAUAAUAAUGAUAACACACCUAAGAAAUAAAUAUUAAUGAGUGAAGUAAUGAGUGAAAGAAUAAAAAUUGAACAAAUUUGGACAUUUGGGCAUGACUACAGUGAAUAUGCUCAAAUGUACGUACAUUAGAAUUAGGGCUGCAACUAACGAUUAUUUUCAUAACUGAUUAAUCAGACGAUUAAUUAAGCGAUUAAUCGAUUACUCGGAUAAAUGUCACUUCUUUCAAUUACCUUCACAAUUUACCUUGAAGUUUUUUUAGGCAUGUUGUAAGUAACAGUGAAGUGAAAAUGGAUGACUAUUUCCUUCUAAAAUAAUAUUUUAUUAACAAAUUCGUUGGCAACUAAUUUGUUAAUCGAUUAGUUAUUGUAGCCUUAUUAAUAAAAAGCUAGUUUGGACCGUAUUACGUCCGAAGAUUGGCAAAAAUAAGAAUUUUUGUUUUCCAAAGUAAAAGCAGAUUUUUAUUCAUGUCCUUCUUUGACUUAAUAUAAUGAAGAAAUCUGAUAAAACAGUGAUCCCUCGUUUUUCGCGGUUAAUGGGGACAUGAACCUGCCACGAUAAGAGAAAAACUGCGAAGUAGCGCCCCCUCCCAAAAUAAACUUUUUUUGUUGUUGUUUUUUUUUGUUCAAUGUAUUUAUUCAGAUCUAUCAUUGGGAAGAGAUACAUAUUAGACAUGUUUUUUUUUCUACCUUUUUCCCCAAAGUACGUAUAAUUAAAUAACGUACAUACAACGAGUUGCCACCGCAACUGUUUAACAAGUUAAACGAUGAUUGAUGCAUGAUGCGCUUUGAAGGUCUAAUCUCUGGCAAGAUCAAAGCUUAACCGUCUGUCAAUCAUCGUUUACUUUAAUAAGCAACUCCAGUUCACUCUCUGACGAACAAAGAGCAGUAGGAGGGAGCGAGCGUGAGACAGCGCAAUCGGCUUGGGACAGCUCAUCUUUAUUUUAUUUUUUAUUUUUUUAAUUGAAAAAAAAUCCAAGACGGACUGAGGGCGCGAAGUUGCAAGGGAUCACUGUAUUGACAACAGAGAAGUUAUAUUUAUGCUAUAAUUUCAAGAAUUUAAACAAGUUUAAGGUGAACAAGGUCCGAAACGAUUAAUUGGUUAUCAAAAUAAUUGUCGAUUAAUUUGCUAGUCGAUUAGUUUUUGAUUAAUUGAUAAUGAUUGCACCUCUAAAUAGGAUUAUUUGAUUGUCAUUAUUUUUCAUGAUUUCAGAAUCCAAAUGAAAAUUAUUGUUGAAAUAUAUCAUAAAUUUGUCUAUAGUAAUUAUGAUCCAUCCAUCCAUCCCGAUUCAGCAGCGCUUAUCCUGAUCAGUCGCAGGUUGCUGGACGCUAUCCCAGCUGGUUUUAGAUAAAAGGCAGACUAGUAGACCCUGAAGUGGUCGCCAUUCAGUCAUAGGGCAAUUAUUCGCACACAAAUUCACAAUGUAACACAAAGUAACAGCCAAAUACAGGGUGGGGCAGAGCAACUUGCUUAUUUAUGUUUGGCGCCCUGAAGCAAUGGUUGCUCUGAGGAUGGUAGGGAUAGGCUUAUUUGAGAAUGUGGGGCUUAAAUUUGGUUCGUAACGUGCAUUAUUUAUUUUGUGUUUAUUUUUCAGGAACCCCAGUGAGCAUCAUGGAGUGGACGAAGUUGGAAAGCACUUUCGCUGUUGAGACAUUUUUCUAAAGCGGUCGCUCAAUCAUCGCAACGCAACAUGCAUUCCGUAGACAUUUCAAUAUUGCCCCCCGUGGUCGUGUUACUGGCUGGCAGUCGAUUGUUUCAUGGGUAAACAACUUCAGGGAAACAGAUGAUGUAAAGAAAAAGAAACUUGGCCUCCCACGAACAGCAAGGACAACCCAAAACAUUGACGGGGUGAGAGAAUCUGUUUUGAGAUCUCCCCGACGGUCUACCGGCAAACAUGCAUCUGCUUUUGGGUUGUCUGCUUGUUCUGUGAGAUGAAUCCUCCAAGCAAAAUUGAAAUUUCAUCCCUACAAAUUAGCUAUGGUGCAGGAACUUAAGGCCCAAGUACACUGCAUGCGUGAUCGUUGCGGUUCCGGUCCGGUUCAGUGUUGCCUGCGUGCCACGCAGUCCGUCAAAAACAGGUAAAUCAUACCGGCUGCUGCACGGCUGCGGUCCGCCAACCUCGUCCCCCCGUGAGCUCUCGCAUGAUCGCGUGCGAUAAUGUGCCAUUUAAAACAACGAAAAACACACGGAGUCUAUACUCAUCAGAGAAGCAGAGAGAGAGCACAUAUUUUCUUUGCAUAUUGAUAUUUUAGUUAAUCUGGAAUUAAGAGACAGACAUGACUGCAUCAUGAUGAGAUCAGGACAGAAAAACACACAUAAUAGGACACCUUGCAGCUUCCUUUUUUAUAUUGUCCUUAUAGAAAGGAUCUGCUGCAUCAUAAAUGAUUUUGUGGGUUUCCACCUCCAUGAUGAAGAGCUCAUCAUCCAUCUUCGCUCGUGUUUAAACCGUGAUUAGGCACCUGGGUUGUUACGUCCAGGCCCAGCUCCGCCCAUUUUGCCGGAUGCGUGUCCGGCAAAAAUAGAAAAUAGCCUAUACCAUCCGGCGGGCAUGCGGCACGCCGGAGGUGGUUCGCAGUCAAGCCGGAGCACUGAUGCGGCCGGUAUACGUUGAACAAUAGGAUAUAAUGGGAACGGAUUGGCUCCGGCGCUAUUUUUUACCGGAGUCGGACCGGAAACGCAACGAUCACGCAUGCAGUGUACUUGGGCCUUAAAUCUACGCAAAUUUAUUGCUUGUGAAAAUGCGUGUGAGGCACUUUGGGAGGCCAGGUUUCUUUUUCUUUACGUCCCUGAAGUUGUUUACCCAUGAAACAAUCGACUGCCGACCAGGAACACGACCACGGGGG